CUCACGUUGCUCACAUUGAAACAACAACACUAUUUCUAUUUAAUAAUCUGUUGCAUCUUUCAAACAAGAAUUGAAAAAUGAAGAGUUAGUACAAAGCCAGCUAGGAACUCCACUGCUUAGAAUAAUUUUAAGUUACCUCGGAGACCCAUACCAUGUCUUCUUGCUAAGGAAUCAUUGACUCCUCCUAAGCAUUACCCUACUUGAUUGUUUGAAAAAUUUAGCAGUUCACUACACUGCAACAAUUGUUCUCUUACCUUUCUCUGAAAAUCCAUUCACUUUGCUGUUGUUGAGAUCAUAUCAUCAUGGCUGGUGCACUUGUUGGUGGAGCUUUCCUUUCUGGCUUCAUUAACGUUGUCUUUGACAGGUUGCUCACAAAGGAUACGGUCAACUUGGUCUUGGGCAAGAAGCUUGGCUCUGACUUGCUUGAAAAGCUGAAGAUUUCACUGCUUGCUGCUGAAGCUUUGCUUGAUGAUGCUGAGUACAAGCAACUGGGCGACGAUCGUGUGAGGGAUUGGCUCAACCGUCUGAGAGAUGCUGUUUAUGAUGCUGAUGACUUUCUGUACGCUGUACUCACCAAAGCCGCCACUCAAAAGGAGGUACGUUCUUUGUUGCCUAGUUGCUUCCGUAACCGACAUAGGAAGAUGGUAGAUAACAUGGAAGACGUGGUUACAAGAAUAGAUAUUCUUGUAAGUAAAAAAGAUAUUCUUGGACUUCAACAGAGUACCAAGGAUAAUAACUUGUCAUCAUCAUCAUCAUCAUCAUCAAAAUGGCGAGAAACCACAUGUCUGAUGGAAGGGAAAAUAUAUGGCAGGGAGGAUGAUCAACAAGCUUUAACCAAAAUAAUAGAAGACAACAGUGAAUCUCAGUUAUCUGUGAUUCCUAUUGUUGGCAUGGGCGGGGUUGGUAAAACAACCUUAGCCAAAUGGGCGUACAGUGUCGCAGAAGGAUUUGAUCUCAAAGCAUGGGUCUGCAUCUCUGAAACAUUUGAUGUUGCUGAUAUUACAAAGAAAACCAUUGAGGACAUUACUAAAAAUUCUUGUGCCCUCGGGACUUUAAAUUUGCUACAAAAUAAACUGCAGGAAGUCUUGUCAGGAAAGAAGUUCUUUAUUGUUCUAGACGAUGUCUGGAGCGAUGAUGCCGAUGAGUGGAAGCAAUUUAUAACUCCUUUUCACUGUGGGGCUCAGGGUAGUUCAAUUCUUCUUACAACUCGUAUGAAAGAGGUUGCCUCAGUAGUUAAAACAUGUUCCUCUCACUUUCUUAACGAGUUGUUAGAAGAGUACUGUUGGUCAUUGUUUAAAGACAAUGCAUGUUUUCUGGAGUCCAACGGGAACCCAACACUAGUUGAUGUCGGUAGACAAAUUGUCAACAAGUGUAAGGGCUUGCCAUUAGCUGUAGAAACACUUGGCCGCAUGUUGCAAGGAAAGAACGAUGCUGAAGAAUGGAAAGCUGUUUUAAGGAGUGCCAUCUGGGACUUUCCUAUGAAAAAUUGUAAAAUUAUUCCAGCAUUGUUAAUAAGCUACUUCCAGCUACCUCCUUACUUGAAGUGUUGUUUUGUUUAUUGUUCCUUGUUUCCCAAAGAUCAUUACUUUGAGAAAAAUGAACUAGUUUUGCUGUGGAUGGCUGAAGAUCUUUUAAGGCUACCAAAGAGAGGAGAGAGUUUAGAAGAGGUUGGUUGUGAGUGUUUUGAAGAAUUAACUUCCAGAUUAUUUUUUAAACCAGCGGAUCAUCCUCGUGAAAGGUAUGUGAUGCAUGAUCUCUUGCAUGACUUGGCAAUAUUCCUUGCUGGAGACUUCUAUUGUAGAAUAGAAGAGUUUCGUGAACAACAAAAGAAGGAGGUUCUCACUCGUCAUUUGUCAUGUUUUUCAUAUGGAAGCUUAGAUAAUCCAAUCUCAAAAGUCUUCAAGUCCGUUGUGAAAGCAGAAUCUUUGAGGACAUCGUUGUAUAUCAAUGAUUUGUUAAGCAUGGAAAGCAGAGCAUCAAAGUUGAAAUACUUGAGAGUUUUAUCCUUUCGUGGACUUGGUGCAUUACCAGAUUCAAUAGGUAAAUUGAUUCAUCUACGCUAUUUGAAUCUCUCUAGGACCUAUGUGAAGACAUUACCAGAGUCAUUAUGCAACUUGUAUAAUCUACAAACAUUAAUAUUGCAUGAUUGUUAUGACCUGACCAUGUUGCCCAAUGGCAUGCAUAAACUUGUGAAUUUACGGCAUCUUGAUCUUAGGGGAACUUGUUUGAAAGAAAUGCCUAGAGGAAUAAGUAAAUUGAAACACUUGCACACCUUAAGUUCGUUUGUGGUGGGCAAGCACAAAGACAAUGGAAUCCAGGAAUUAGGAGGGCUCUCAAAUCUUCAUGGAUCAUUUGAGAUUCAGAAGUUGGAGAAUGUUGUUGAUGUGAGACAAGCCAGGGGUGCAAGGAUGUCGGAGAAGAACCACAUUUACAACUUAUCGUUGAGGUGGUCUUGGCUUCGUGAGAUGGUUCCAAACACAGAGACUGAGAGAGAUAUGCUCGAAGGCUUGCAACCGCACAAUGGGUUGAAAGAGUUGAGAAUGGAGGGAUACGAGGGCAAAAGAUUUCCAGAUUGGGUGGGACACUGUUCUUACAACAAAAUGACAAGAGUAACACUAACAUCUUGCAAGAAUUGCUGCAUGCUGCCUUCACUUGGACAACUGCCAUCUCUCAAGUCCCUGCGCAUUCAAGGUUUUCUUGAGCUCAAGCGUAUUGGUGAUGAGUUUUACAAGAAUGACAGCGAUCAUCAUUCUUUGCCUAUUGCUCCAUUUCCCUCACUGGAGACGUUGGAAUUUGAUAAGAUGCCAUGCUGGGAGGAGUGGCACGUACCUCACCCAGAAGCUUUUCCUCGGCUUAGGAGACUUGAAAUAAGAAAUUGUCCAAUGUUAACCGGAGAUAUGCUUAACGACAUAUUAUGGAGAAGGGAUUGUUGUUUGCGGGAAGAUGAAGAAGGAAGGUCUGAUGAGAUGGUAGGUGGUGGGGAUGCUUUAUCAAUAAGGCCAUCUCAAUCAUUUAAUGCAAGGAGCAAUUGCUUACCCAAAUCGCUGCAAAAGCUGAAAAUCUCGAGGUGCCCAAAAUUUGAAUUCCUGGAGCAACAGCAGCGCAAGUGUGAUUUGGUAGACCUACAAAUACAAUACAGCUGUGAUUCACUGAGCUCCUUGUCGUUGGAUGUCUUUCCCAAUCUCAAGAAUUUGGAGAUAGAAGGGUGUAGGAAUCUGGAAUCAGUGUCAAUGUCAGACGCACCACACGCUGCUCUUCAACGUCUCUCCAUCUAUGAUUGCCCUAAAUUAGUGUCAUUAGCAGGAGAAGGACUGGCUGCACCCAACUUGACUUAUCUCAAUGUUAGCAAAUGCUACUGGUUGGAGGCAUUGCCACAGGACAUGAAUAAUCUUCUCCCAAGUUUACAGUUUCUGGAUAUAUAUGGUUGCUCGAAAAUUUGUAGCAGGUUGCCAGAGGGUGGUUUGCCGCCUAACUUGAAAUCACUUACUGUGGGAGGUUGCGAGGAACACAUGAGGAGUCUAUCAUGGAUCGGCAACUUGGACGCCCUCACUCAUCUUACCAUUCAUGGGUGUGAGAACAUAAAGUCAUACCCAGAGGUGGGUUCGCUGCCUCACCUUCCCUCCCUUACCACUCUACAUAUCCAAGACUUUGAUAAUCUGGAGACAUUGGAGUGCAACGAGCUUCUCCGCCUCACCUCCCUUCAACAAUUGCACAUUGAGUUCUGCCACAAGCUGGAGAAUAUGGAAGGAGAAAAGCUGCCUCCCUCUCUCUUGCGACUUAAACUUUAUUAUUGUGGUUUGCUGGGAGAACACUGCAAGAAGAAGCAUCAACUAAUCUGGCCCAAAAUUUCCCACAUCCAAACCAUUGAAGUCAAUUACAACAAAAUUUCCUGAAUAGAGAUUUCUGAGCAGGUAAAAAGUUCACAGAUGUUAGAGAUUACAUUGCACAUGUAUAUCUAUAUAUAUAUAUAUAUAUGGAGAUGUAAAGUGGAUUAAUGUAUUGGGAAGCAGUAGUGUUUUCUGAUUUCAGCUUUCAUUGUAAUUGGUAUGUACACUAGUUUAAAUUAAUGACUGAUGUGUAUCAUAUGAUUCAUAUCCACACUACUUGUGAUGUGGACUUGCUUGGAUUAUUCAAUUCAAUGCUUUGCUUCAAAGACAGAACCAUAGAUGGUUGUUUGGUUAUCAAUGGCAAUCAUGUUUGAACUUCGAACCAA